AAGCUUCUAUGAAAGCAAUCGGAGAAAGAGCUGCAUCAAUUACAUCCUUUCGAAGUUUAUGGAAGCAGUUAUGCCCAGAGAUAAUGGUGGCCAAACCACGGAGUGACUUGUGUUGGAUGUGCCAAAAAAACAAUUGGAUGAUCUAUCGAUGCACUAAUGUCAGUGAAGAGGACAAGAGCUCUAUACUCAAGAAACAAGAGGAGCAUCUGAGGUAUGCCAUGAUGGAAAGAGAACUGCUGAACAAGACAACAGCCGAGGCAAAGAAAGCUGUUGAAGGUUUGGGCUUAAAAUUGCACCAGAAUAGGGCCUGCAGUAGAGACAUGACAAUGCACUAUUCCUUCGAUUUUGCCCAGCAGGUACAUGUACCAAGUAAUCCCUUUCAACCUGGCCCACUGUUUUUUUUGACGGGUUUGAAGAUUGGGCUGUUUGGAGUACAGUGUGAAGCACUUCCGCAGCAA